CUGAGCGACAGAUGUGAGGUCAAACACACACACGGACGAAGGCUGAAGUUUUUGCUCAUCUGAGCCUUUCCGUGACUCCCGCUUCGCUUUGCAGCAACAACUGGAGCCGCUUCCCUGCGGUCAGGCCAGCAAGUUUGCGCCUUCUAGAAAACUUUAUUUUUUUUUCUAUAUAGUAGUUUGCCCCUGGUGUGAGCAAGCUGGAUUCCCGGAGCCCUUCACCAUGUCAGGGGGGUUUUAGGUACUCCAUGGAGCAAGCAAACCUGUACGAGGCAGCCCCUCGGCCCCUGGUGACAAACCUCGCCCCGAGUGCGCAGAACGCCUACGGCUACAAGGACGACCUGAGCGCGAUCUGUGAGAACGAGAACUCCAUCGACAUCAGCGCAUACAUCGACCCGGGCGCGUUUAACGACGAAUUCCUGGCCGACCUGUUCCACAGCAGCGGCGCGCGUCACGAGAAGCUCAAGCUGGCGACCGGAGGCGACUACGAAUACGGCCACAGCCUGGGACUGGGCGCACCCGGGCCGCAGCACUCGUACGGCUGCGGAGUGGCGAGCUACGGUGACUCGUCCAAGCUGGAGCCCAUGUACGAGGCACGCAUGAGACCUGUGGCAAUCAAGCAAGAGCCGCGCGAGGACAGCGAGCUCGGAGAGCUUGGGCAUGCGCCACAGCCUGGCGCCUACCACCACCCACACCAUCCACACCACCCACACCUGUCGCACCUGCAGUACCAAAUCGCUCACUGCGCGCAAACCGCCGUGCACCUGCAGCCGGGUCACCCGACACCUCCGCCCACCCCAGUGCCCAGCCCGCAUCACCAGCACCAGCACCAUCACCAACAGCAGGGCGGCCUCGCCGUCAAAAUGAUGGGCAGCGGGACAUGCGACAGGCCCAAAUCUAAAAAGAACGUCGACAAGAACAGCGCCGAGUAUCGGAUGCGGCGCGAGCGCAACAACGUGGCCGUGCGCAAGAGCCGCGACAAGGCCAAGAUGCGCAACGCCGAGACGCAACAGAAAGUCAUCGAGCUGUCGUCGGACAACGACAGACUGCGCAAACGCGUCGAACACCUCACGCGCGAGCUCGAGACUUUGCGGGGUAUCUUCCGGCAGCUGCCCGACGGCUCAUACGUCAAAGCCAUGGGCGGCUGCGCCUAAGCAGGAAAGACUGUUUUGUUUCUUGUUUUGUUUCUUGUUUUUUGUCUACUUCUUUUCUUCUUGUUUUUGAAGUCGUACUAAUCCUGAUGCGUUCUCUGGAUAUGUACAAGAUCACAAUUACUGAAACUGUUUCUAUACAGAACUCAGGCAGCUGCCGUCUACACGUGCCUUUUUGUACGCCACCAAUUAAAAAACUCAUAACACAAAAACUCAAUAAGCUCCUCUUGGGACUCGCGUGUCCUGUAGGCCACGACUUUACAGCAGCAGCAGUUGUAUUGAAAACGUAUUUUAAAAAAAAAGUACCAACGUUUUGGGGCCAAAAUGUUUAAAAUGUGCCCAUUUGAACUGUAAGAACUGCACGAGGCUUUUCCAAAAAGCGUGAAAGGUGCAUGGAUGGGAAACAAACAAACAAACAAACAAACAAAAAACUUCCAUUCUUAUUUUCCAUGUUUUAUUUGUUGUAUGUUGGAAUUUGUCUACAAAUGGACUGAAAACGACAUGCCAAAGCAAAGGACUGGAACACAACAGGCUACAUUCCAAGCCUUGUACUACAUACCAAAACUGUGCAUAACUGAUCAUUUAUAGUGGCGCACACACACACACACACACAUGUAUAUAUAUAUGUGUGUGUGUAUGUGUAUAUAUAUGUGUGUGCGUGUGUGUGCGUGUGCGUGUGCGUGCUUACUAUUUAGUGAAAUAAUGUGCGGUUUGGGACGUAGCCAAAAUCUUCAUACUCUGGUGUCUUCCCUUCAGCUCGUGUGCACUAUGAGUCGUGGGACUGUACGACCAGGUGAAGCACAUUAUUUGCUCUGAAAAAUUGCCAUAGGCUCGGGUACUGAUGUGGAGGGCGCGUGCGUGCGUGCGUGCGUGUGUGUAUGAGUGUUUGUGCGUGCGUAUGUGAAUUUGUGAGGGCGCUUUUUUACAGUCCAACCUUUGUAUUUAUGCAGCAGAAUUGAGAUGAAAUGUGAAAAAAGGUGCCUCUAUGCAAUGGCUGUUCGCAUGAUUUUGCAGUAAAAGUGCUGUGUAGCCCAUAUUUACUAUCAUUGUUUUGGAUUCCGUGUAGGAGUCUCCAAUCUUAGUGCCUUUUAACAUGUCUCCAUCAUCACCAUCAUCUUCCAGAGGAAUGUUUUGAACUCUCCACAUUUAAAAAAAAAAAGUCAAGAAAUAUAGGCUACAGCAAAGAAAAGAAAGCACUUUGUAAAAGAAAAACAUACAACAGCCGCCACGUUGCAAAUGUUAUAUGAAUGUCUGUUAUUGAAAUACAUCUCAAAUGUAAAAAUGACAAAUUAUAAUAAAAAAACAUGCUCACCUAA